AUGCGUGCCUCACAAAUCCUCGCCCUCGCGGCUGCCCUCCCCACCACGCUCGCCGCAUACAAAGGCUUCAACUACGGCGCGACCGGUCGCGACCAAGCCGCCUUCGAAGGCGAGUUCAAUGCGGCCAAAAACCUCGCCGGCUCCAGCUACACAUCCGCCCGUCUGUAUACCAUGAUCCAGGACGGGACCACCAACACACCCAUCUCAGCCAUCCCUGCCGCCAUCAGCACCAAGACGUCUCUGCUGCUCGGUUUGUGGGCUUCGGCCGGUGACGCUCAGUUCGCCAACGAGAUUGCUGCUCUCAAGGCGGCGGUUGCGCAGUAUGGCUCCGCUUUUACCGACUUGAUUGCCGGAAUUAGUGUUGGCUCGGAGGAUAUUUAUCGCAUUACUCCUAUUGGCGUGUCGAACAAUGCCGGUCUUGGUGUCGGACCGGAGACCAUCAUUAAUUAUAUCGGCCAGGUUCGGGCGGUCGUUGGUGACAAGCCCAUCGGCCAUGUCGACACCUACAACGUCUGGACCAACUCUAGCCAGAACGCUUUGAUUGCGGCGGUCGAUUGGAUCGGAGUCGACGCCUAUCCUUACUACGAGACCACCAAGGACAACACUAUCGAAAACGCAAACGCAACGUUCUGGGAUGACUACGACGUGACCGUCGCCGCCAGCCAAGGAAAGCCGGUUUGGAUCACUGAAACCGGUUGGCCUGUGUCCGGAGCAGCCUCUGGCAAGGCAGUGGCCUCAGUCGACAAUGCAAAGACAUACUACGACGACGUGGCUUGCCAUGCCUUCGCCAACAACAUCAACACCUGGUGGUAUAUUCUUCAGGAUACCGGUGCCAGCCCAAGCUUUGGCCUGGUCGGUGCUGGCACUCCCCCUCCCACCACUCCUCUUUACAGCCUUGCCUGCUAG